AUGCUAGGUUCGUCCAAAUCCCUACUACGGGCAUUUGACACCGUUUUUGGACUGUGGGAUAAGUCCUGUGACUGGAAAACUGAUCCCCCGCAGACUGUCACUACACUUUUCAAUGUUAUCGAUGCAUACAAUGAGAAGCACAACUCUAUAGCCACUCUGAGUUCAAGUCUCAGUGACUCAUUGCGUACCUGCUACAACACUCAUGUCAAAGCUUCCGAUGAUUUAUCCAAAGAGAUCUUUUUCGUAGAGAUUCUCACCAGACUUCUGCAACUUCUCACCACUGAAGAUGCUAAAGUAUGGCUACACACAUAUCUACGACCUGCGCUCAACAGCGCCGACGUGGACUUGCAAUUCGUGGAGAAAUCACGCGGAUUUAUCCUUUCACUCUCUGCAAACAUCAUGAAUUCAGAAGAUGCCGACCUAGUAAAGCAAAGAAACGCAACCGCCCUGUUGGUCAUCGAUUACAUUCUUCGAGCUUAUAUUGGCAGAGACAAGGAAGUGUAUGCUAUGAUUGGGAUUAGCAUGGAUGAGCAGAUUUCCACAACGCAUGAACAUAUCGAAAGACUUCGAUUUGUGGAGCGAAACGCUGGCUACCUCUUGAAAGAAUCUGGAAUCAAGCAACCAUUGGAAGUCUUCACCGUGCUCAAUAAGCAUUUCGUUGUGGCAGCAGAAAGACACAAGACAUUGGUAAUUCUUUCUCAGUUGAGCUCCACUAGAGCUUCGGGAAUCCUGUUGAUCAUGGACACUCCACUUUUUGCCAAUUUGAUCAGAUCACUUUUACAUGACUUCAGUGAGGCAGUUCUCACCAGUGAUUUAUACGUGAUAGUGAUGCUUCUUGCCAAGGUGUCCACCCAGGUAUCCACUUACCUCUCGGAUCUUUUUGCUGUGAUCUUUCAGCUCAUAGGAUGGAGCGAAUUCAGUCUGUACUUGUCCACUCGAGAGAAAACUCAGUUGGACUACUUGGUGUCACACAACAUCGAAUGGGAUAGGAUGGGAGUGGACCAGGAGGCUACUAUGAUGCAGUCACAUUUCUUUGUGGACGGCGAAUUUAACCUAAACUACUUAUUGACGAUGCUAUAUGGACUUUUUCCUCGCAACUUGGCUGAGUUCAGUCGAGCUCCACUAAAGUAUUUACGUUCGAAUUCGCCGAAGUUAAUUACUCUCGAGCUUCUUCAGACAUUAGAGGAGUUUAGUUUUCCUGAGGGCUUCGACACUUAUGUGAGCAAUACAUUGAAGGACCUGUGCCGAAGAUUCAUGGUUCACCCUAAUUUGCUUAACCUUGUCAGUUUAGACGAUGAGCUCAAAAACCCCCUAGACUGGAUUAUGAAGAUCAAUGCAGAUAAGGGCAAUAAUGUCAUUGGCGAGGAGGAGAUCUUAUUACAAUGUUAUCUGUUAAAUCCUGAUUUGAUCAUCACCAUCCCCGACAGUCUAGUAUUACCCAAGUGGAUUUCUGAGCGAUUCAUUGGCACAAAUGAAGGAAAAAUCCUUCCCUCCGGUGAUUAUUCACAUAAGAACUCGAUUCGCCAUUCUCUAUCACUGGUCAGUGAAGAUUCCGAUCGUCCCAAGUCAUUUUCAAACCUCAGUGUCCCUGUGCACUGGGAGAAGCUCGAUCGCCGAGUUUCCAUUGUGCCUACAAAGUUGGUUAUAGAAAACAAAAGUCAACCAGCAUCAGAGCCGAUCAGCAGAGUGAAUUUCAAGUCGGUAAAUUUUGGUACGUCGUCUAAUGAUAGUCUGGAGACCGCAACGCUCGAUGAGAUACCAGCUUCUGGAAAGCACGGGUCUAUUUCUGAGUUGUACCUGGCCCAUGAGCGGCUUUUCACUGCAAAUGGGCCUAAUUCUAAUGCGCUAGGCAUUGAUAUGAAACAGGCUCCUACAGCCACCGGAAGCAUUCAGACUGCCAAGAAGACAGCAUCUGAUCUUCUCAAUGAGCAGUUGAAGCUAGAGUCAGAUUCGCCUAGAACUGUGGCUGCGAGCCCCAAGCUAAACGGAUCCGAAUCCAAUGCUACCUUCUCUGCCUUAGAUAACAUGGGCAGUGCCCUUGAUUUCUACCAGCGAGAGCUACUUCUCAUGAAGAAUGAGUUGGAAUUCUCAAGUUACAUGAAGCAUUUGAAUAAAUUCAACUAUCUUAAACUCAAGCUUCGAGUCAAUCGAUUUCUUCGGGAUAACAAGUUGAAAAUUGAAGACUGGCGGAAGGAUAGAGGGGAUUCUGAAGAGAUUCUUGAUGGGCAGGUUGAGGAGAAACAUGAUGCAGAUGCUAAGAAGAGUAGUAAUGACCAAGCAAAGGAGAAAGUUGAUAGCCAAGAUCAUGAGAAAUUUGAUGGUCUAUCGCCCCAGUCACCUCGCGAAAUGAUGAGAGCGGCUGGCAUCGACACUUCUUUUGAGAGCCCGCUAGAGGUUAAAACGAAGCAGAAUAUGCAACUCAGUGCUAGAAUCAAGGAGUUGAGCUCAUAUAUUGAAGAAUUGGAGGAAUCCAUGGAGAAGUUUAAGAUUGAGGUAACAGAUACGCAACAAGCACUCGAAGCUGCAAAGCAGACUGAAAUUGUCUCAGAGGAACAACUUCGGAAGGCUCUUAACGAAAUUCAAGUAUUACAGAAGGAUCACCAAGAUCUUGCCGAGAAAGAGAAGACUAUUGCACAAGGGCCCACUGGAAUUUCGAACAACAACAUACCAGCUUCUAGUCUUGACCAGCACGAGAAAGAGAUUUUCGAUCUCCGGACAGAAAUACGUGGAUACAAAGACGAAAAUGCUCGCAUUUCACAACAGCUAGAACAGACUACUGAGUCACUUGAGUUUACCAUGAAGUCCUACGAAAAGCAACUUGCUACCAUGAAACUUGACAAAGGUCAGGCAGUUCGUGAAAUGUCUAGCCAUUACGAAAGAAAAAUUCACGAGCUCAACAUUGCGAUUGCAACGUUCGAAUCUACUUUGGAAGAACGUAAUGCUCGUAUCAUGCAGUUAUCGACUUCCAAGCCUAUACGGAUUCCAGAUUCGCGCAUGGAGUCUUACCAAAUGAGUCCACGACAUAAUAACAGUGUCCCUAAAUACACUACAGAUUUCCACUCGAGUCACUCCAUGCACGACUACUUCAACCAGAGAGGAUCAGCGGUGUCCAUGGAAUCGUCUUCGCUGUCUUCGAACCCUUCAAAUGCAGUGCAGGCUCUCAAGCAUUCAGUGCCACAUACUCCCACGUCAAGACAAAGUUCCACACAAAACAUUCCUAUUAUUCGUGGACGUGGAGGUUACCAAAAACGGUCGAAGAAGAUCAUGUGA